GCAAACGCAGCUCGGAUGGGGCAGCGCUCACAGGGACUGGAGCCCCGUCCCAGCCGCGAAGGGCAGGAGCGGUGUCCUCCUUCCUCUUCGCUCACCUGGUUGCCGGGCGAGCAGGUGAGGGGGCGGCGGGUACGGCCGCUACGGGAGGCGGCGACAGCGGCUGGUUCCCGCCUCCCCGUUAGAAUCUUCGUGUCCGGAGCCGCAGAUUCGGCAUCCACCCGCUUUGUGGCGAAUGUGCCGGCCCAGGGCCCAAAGGGGGUUGGGGGAGGGUGGGGGCGGGGCAGGAGUGUCGUCAGCGGCGCGUGUGCCCCGGCCCCACGGCCGUUGGGCGCCGCGCGCCGCCCCGAGCGGGAAUGGCGCGGCCGGAACAAGAAAAUUGUUGAUUAUUCUCAAUUUGGGGAUUUGGAAGAUGAUGAUGAAGACUUUGCUGUACCUUCAAGCAAAAAAUCCAGAACACAGGUCAAGGAACCAAAGAAGGAGAAAAAAGAGAAGCAAAAAAAGCCACACGAAUUAAUUCCAUUACAAAAGCAGACACCUAGUAAGAGGAUAUCUUUGGAUGACAAACUUUAUCAAAGAGAUUUGGAAGUUGCCUUAGCCUUAUCCGUCAAAGACAAAUCUGCAAAUAGCCUUGAGGUGCAAAAUUCAGAAGGACAAGGUGAGACUAUUGAAUCAGAAAAUGUACACAGGAGACCCACAUUUUCCAACUGCAGUGUAGACAGUGAACUUUUAGGUCUCAAUCAGGUUAUGGAUGAUGAUGUACCUAGAGGUGACUGUAGGCAAAGGACAGCAACAUCUAAAGUUCCAGUACAGCAGAAGAAGUUACGAACUGUUAACAGUGAUGAUGGAGAGAAUGCUACUGACUCUGAAUCAGAGUCUGUACCCAGUGAGGAGUCAGAAGAAGAUUCAGAUUACACUGAAGAUGAUGAUAUAGACUUUGCUAUGGAAAAGAAGAAGGCCAAAGGAAAUAAAAAGAAAACCAGACAAAAUACGUCAGCUGAAAGAGAGAAGAAAACUCCCAAAUCCAAGAUUAAUACUACAGUAUCACCUGUAGUUUUUUCUUCAUGGACAAUGGAACAAAAAUCUGAGCCCACACAAAAGAUGACGUCUAGUUCUUUAGAACCAGUUGGGAGGCCUUUGCAUACAUCGAGUCCUGUAACAGACAAGAAGCCUAAAUGGAUACCACCAGCUGCAUCAGGAAGCAGUAAUAAUAACUCUAUGAAAUAUGUUUCGGUUAAGUCACCUACUCGGUGUCUCAGACUCGGCCUCUCCAGACUAGCAAGAGUCAAACCAUUGCAUCCCAGCGCUACCAGCAGUUAAAUGGUCAGUGGCAAGGUGCCGCAUGAAGGAAAAGACUUUGGAAAUUAUUUUCCUUAUAAAGAGUGGGCAGCAAAAUCUACAUGGCAUCAUACAUUUUGUAGGACUGUUGUUUAUGUACAUGUCUAAUUCUAUAAUGAGUUUUUAUUCUGCAAAGUGCUAGGCAUCCCUAAGAGCUACUGAAUAAUAAUAUUAUUUAAUCAAGGUGGCAUCUGGGUCACCAGCUCUUUGAUGUGUUAUACUCAGAGAUGUGGGGUUUUGAUGAUGUUAAUUCUCUGAUACCUAAACUCUUGGCAUUAAAAUAGUCCAGACAGCACUAUGUCAAAUUAUAGAAUUUGAUACCUCAAAUAGAUUCUUAACACAAGUGAAAGUCACAGUUCAAAAUAUGUUUCUUGGAAGAGUGAAGUUAUCACUUUCCACCCCCUUCUUGGAAAGUUUGUCACCACUCUCUCAAUAUCUGUUAAUGUUUGCAUAUUUUAUAUGUGGAUUUUAAGGAAUUUUUAUGUAAUAUAGAUAUAAUUAUUUUUUAGAAUGUCGUAUUAAAGAAACCCCUAAAAUAAAAUACUUUCUACAAUCUAA